AUGGAAAACUACCAGAAGAUGGAGAAGAUUGGAGAGGGUACAUAUGGCGUUGUGUACAAGGCUCGAGAUCUCACGACUAAAGACCACCGAAUCGUCGCCCUGAAGAAGAUUCGCCUUGAAGCUGAAGACGAAGGUGUCCCCUCAACUGCCAUCCGUGAGAUCUCCCUCCUUAAGGAAAUGAACGACUCGAACAUUGUCCGCCUGUUCAACAUUGUCCAUGCCGAUGGUCAUAAGCUUUACCUUGUCUUCGAAUAUCUCGAUCUCGACCUCAAGAAGUACAUGGAGGCUCUCCCAGUCAGUCAGGGUGGCCGCGGAAAGGCUUUGCCCGAGGGAUCCGGUCCCGCCUUGUCGACCCUGGGCCUAGGUCCGGACAUGGUCAAGAAAUUCAUGACGCAACUGUGCCAGGGCAUCCGGUACUGUCAUGCUCACCGGGUCCUUCACCGCGAUUUAAAGCCGCAAAAUCUCUUAAUCGAUAAGGAAGGCAAUCUCAAGCUGGCUGACUUCGGCUUGGCGAGGGCGUUUGGUGUGCCAUUGAGGACGUAUACUCAUGAGGUUGUCACGCUAUGGUACCGUGCUCCCGAGAUCUUGCUUGGUGGUAGGCAGUACUCCACUGGCGUCGAUAUGUGGUCUGUGGGGUGUAUCUUUGCGGAGAUGUGCACGCGCAAGCCUUUAUUCCCCGGGGACUCGGAAAUUGACGAGAUAUUCAAGAUUUUCCGCAUUCUCGGGACGCCAACGGAGGGGGACUGGCCUGGGGUGACCUCCUUCCCCGACUUCAAGCCUUCAUUUCCCAAGUGGCAGCGAACAGAUGUUGCAAAUACCGUAACCACGCUAGAUGACCUGGGCCUGGAUCUUCUCGAGGCCCUUCUUGUGUACGAUCCGGCUGGGCGAAUCUCCGCGAAGCAGGCCCCUGCAACCCCCACGUCGGCCCCCACUACCUUGUCCAACGUGCGUGGGGCACAGCAGGUGUUUCCCAUGAAGCUCCCCUCCUUUCUCUUGCCGAACCAAGGUCCACGUGUUAUUGUCUACGCGCAAACGUUCCAUGAUUCUGCCGGCAACUACCACUCUCUCCUGCCUCUCAUUACCAACAAUACCGGCGUCACUCACGUAAUCAUCGCGGCUAUCCAUCUGAACUCCGACCCCUCCAACCUCACCCUCAACGACCACCCCCCCUCCGACGCACGCUUCACCACCCUCUGGAGCGAAGUCAAAUGGCUCCAAGGCUCCGGAAUCAAGGUCCUGGGCAUGCUAGGCGGUGCCGCCAAGGGAUCCUAUGAAAGAUUAACAGGCCCCGAGGACGCGUUCGACGCAUACUACACACCCCUGCAUUCCUUCAUCUCGACAUACAAGCUCGACGGACUGGACCUCGACGUCGAAGAAGAAGUUCCCUUGCACACGGCUACGCGGCUCGUCCACAGACUAAGAUCGGACUUUGGGCCAGAGUUUCUAAUCACAAUGGCACCCGUUGCGACAGCCUUGAUCCCGGAUCCGAAUAUUCCGGCACACUUGAGGCCGCCGAGACCGGUGCUGGCGGGCGGACCCCGUCCAAAUCCACUGCACCCGACACUACCGCAUUUGAGUGGGUUUAGUUAUCCGGAGUUAGAGUGUAGUGUUGCUGGCCGGGAGAUCUCGUGGUAUAAUACGCAGUUCUAUUGUGGAUGGGGAGAUGCAAGUUCUACGCAAUGGUACGAAGCCAUCAUUGCAGCGGGCUGGAAGCCAGAGAAGAUUGUCAUGGGGGUCGUCACCAAUCCCGGGAAUGGGGCUGGCCACGUUGGGAUAGGGAAACUGAGAGAUGUGCUUGGGAGACUGCGCGAUAAAUACAAGAAUGUAGGAAAGGGGUUCGGUGGGGUCAUGGGGUGGGAGUACUUCAACUCGGGUGACCACGACCAAGAUAUUGUGGAAGUUGCAUCGCUAGACCUCAACAACGAGACCGUCCAAGCGGGAUGGGUGGCAGCUCUUGGGCGUAUACUCCGCGUCGAAAAUCCUCCCUAUCCGCAAACCUCGCGGCCCCAAUUCAACGUCACCCCGGACCAGAUUCGACAGAUGGUUACGACACUCCCUGACGCACCUGCGCCUUGGCCUGAAGAAACUGUCAACAAUCUCGUCGUUCUAGGAUUCUCGAAACAAGAAGCGAUUGCCGCACUGAAUGCAACAGAUGGAAAUGUCGAACUCGCUGCUGGAUUCUUGUUCGAGCAUUAA